AUGCCAACUUUAAAACUAUCCGUGAUGAAUGACGCUCAAAAUGUCUGCCUGCAACGUCAAUUGCAACAUGUUCAGCAACAAACAACACAUUACCAAGUCGAUAAAUAUCAAACGAGUUCGUACAGUAGUAGUUCUGAAUUUUUUUCUAACAAACAUUCCGUAAAAAAGCAACUGACUCGUCAGUUUAGGUUUGAUUAUGAGGGCAUCCCGUAUCAAUGCCCCUUACAGAAACCGUUAAACAGAAAUAGUUUUAGUGAAAUUAAAAAUUCUACCUCUAAAACAUUUUCAAAUACAACAGAAAAUUUUGACACUGCUUUAUUAAAAAACAAUUCAGCAAACAAUAUGUCAUCUGGCAUUAAUCUUUCUAAUAAUGGUAGCACAGAAUGCUUGAUUGAUGGAAAUAUUAAAAAGAAAUGUUUAUCGUUAAGAAGUAUUGAUCUGCACAGUGUUAAUUCAUUACAUAUAAAAGAAAGAGUUCGAAUAAACGUUAGUGGACAAAUAUUUGAAGCCAGGUCGAACAUUUUAAACCGUCAUCCAUCAACACUGCUCGGCAACCGUGGCAAAUGGGAAAAAUUUUAUGACGAAGAAAGAAAUGAAAUUUUCUUUGAUCGCCAUCGUCCAAGUUUUGAGGCAAUUUUUUUUUAUUACCAGUUUGGUGGUUUAGUCAGAAGGCCUUACCAAGUACCAAAUGAAAUAUUUCUCGAAGAAUUGUUAUUUUAUGAAUUGGAAGAAGAUGUGAUAGAAGAAUACAAAAAAUCAGAAGGAUACAGCGUAGAUGAAAUAAUUCUGCCAAACAACCCAACUAUGAGAUAUAUUUGGAAUCUUUUUGAGUACCCAGAAACGUCUAAAACUGCUUUUGCCAUAGCUGUUCUGUCUGUCAUCAUGACAGUUGUAUCCAUUGUUUUGUUUUGUAUUGAAACUCUUCCAAAAUUUUCUCAAAGCCACUGCGUGGAAGACGAAGCUCCUAAUUUUCUAGAUCCAUUUUUUGUUAUAGAAACUACAUGUACUUUAUGGUUUACUAUAGAAUUAGCGGCUAGAUUUUUAAGUUGCCCCAAUAAACUAGAAUUCUGGAAAGAUCUAAAAAACAUUGUUGAUUUUACAGCAAUAAUUCCAUAUUACGUUACUCUUGCCAAUGUUCUAUCAACGAUGAGUUGCAGCAGUGCUAAAUCAUCAGCAUCCUUGUCUUUCCUUAGAGUCAUUAGAUUAAUUAGAAUUUUCAAACUCACCAAGCACUCUGUAGGACUUCAAAUCUUGCUCUUGACAUUUAAAGCCAGUCUCGAAGGUCUAGGUCUCUUUUUAGUCGCAUUAGUAGUUUCACUUCUCGUAUUCUCAAGUGCAAUCUAUUAUGCAGAGCUUGGAAAUCCUAAUUCCCAAAUGGACAGCAUACCCGAUGCAUUUUGGUGGGCAAUCAUCACCAUGACUACUGUGGGCUACGGAGACAAGGUUCCCGUCGGAGUUGAAGGAAAACUGAUCGGAGCUGCCUGCGCAAUAACGGGCGUUCUAACUUUAGCCAUUCCUGUUCCGAUUAUAACAGGACAUUUUAAUCGGUUCUACGCUCACAAAACUGGUAGGGGAAGACAUAUCUAA